UUAGUGCUCGUUUGGUUCAAGUAGAGGAAUGGAAAGGGAAUGGAAUCAAAUAAAGGAGUGGAAUGGUAACAAUAACCAUUACUUUUAUUGAGUGUUUGGUUUAAUAAUGGAAAUGAAUCAUUAGUAAGGGAAUCCCUUUCUUUUGUUUCCCUUCUAUUUUGAGGGGUAACAAAUUGGGUGAUUGUGUUACCCUUAAAUAAGGGUAAUGAUUAUCUCAUUACCCAAACCAAACAACAAGUAAUGGAUUCAAUUACUUGAUUCCCUUUCCAACAUCUAAAAACACCCAACCAAACGUGGGCUUAGUAUGAAUAGCCGCCGACUAUCAAUUUCUUCAGGAAAAAGCAGUCACGAGUCAUCGAAAUGUGGAAAGCUGGGCUUGUUGUUGCGUAUGGGUGGUGAUUUGGGUAUUUUCAUCAUCGAUUUGUCCGAUACGUAUACGGAUGAUGAAUUUGUCAUAUUCGAGGAAGAAAAGUUUGUUGUGGCGCGGCCUAAUAUACGAAUUCCUUGCAGAGAAUUGUAUGGCGCCCGAUUCUGUGUAAUUGGAUCUAGUCUUUACAUCUUGUGCGUUUGCGAACAGUCAAUGAAUCGAGGCCACCCAUUGAAGGUAUACAGCGUUGACCUAUCACCAACGCUUUUGAAGCCGCCGCUUUCGGAAAUCAUAUUGGAAAAGGAUGUGCUUAAGGAAGAACCUGCACGGCUUAGCCCCAAACAAUUCCCUGCAGUUGUUCCUUACGGUAAACGCGUUGUGUUAUUUUCUACUCUUAUUAGCUUUUGUGAUUGGGAUGUCGAAGGUGUAGGUAGGGCAAUUGAUUUUGAGGUUUACAAUCCCACUAAUGGUGAUUCUAUUGAACUCCCUCUAUUGUGUAUCUGCUGUGGCACGCCUGAGCGUGGACAUAUGAGUUGGCAAGAUCAGUUGUUGCCGCCUGUGUACCGAUUGGGGGAACAUGUCAAAUUCACUCCUAAACACAACCCUGAAAAUUGGAAAUGUUAUCGUGACUUUCGUAUAACAUCAUUUGGUUUGUACGAAAAAGAAUUGAUUGUUAAGACCGACUUUGGCACAAUGUUUCGUCUCAAUAUCGAAGAAUUUCCAGUUUACGGUGGGUGGAAAUUAUGUGAAGACUUAGAGUUUAUUGAUGAUUAUGCUUGGAAUUUUGUGAUUCCAGAUGGGAUAUGUGUGAAUCCUUAUGGUAUUAGUAGUGUCAUACCUAGAAAAUGGAUUGAUUUUCCUAUUUCAUCCAUGCCUGGCUUUACACUUGGACCGCGAUCUUCAGUUUCUGUUACCCUACCGGAGCAUUAUCCAAGAUUAACAUGCUCACUCAUUAUUGCCCAAUUAGCAGCAGAAUACUCGGGAAUGGAAUAUGACAUUGGGCGUUGUAGGUUGUUUUGGACUCUGGAUAUCUUGAAUGUAGACUUGGUCAAGUUUCGGUACGAUGAUGAUGGAGACGGCCAACAACACAAGCGCAUUAAGAGUUUCAAAGAUGAUGAAAGCCAUGAAACUGUUAGGAGGAUCAAGACUUUGAAAUUUUGUCUCAAUAACCGAGUCGUCGCCGAUUGUUCUUGGAUUGUUUCAAUGUUUUGUUUGUGAUUAUAUCAUUAUAAUUACAAACUAAACAUUGUAACUAUAUAUAUCCCAUUUAGAAGUUUUAUGUUUGGUUUGGCAGAAGCAUUCCGAAUCCAGCAUGCCAAUAGUCUGAAGAAUCUGAGCAGAAACAGAAGCAGAAGUCCGUUCUUCUUGAAGAAUCAAUUCUCUGUCAGCCACUUCUGCAAUUGAUCAUUCUUAACACCUUUUGCAACUUCAUCAAACUGAGUUGUGUUUUUCUCACAAUCUAAUUCAGUUAUUUUGAACAUGUGAAACUCUAAAUCAGCACAAGGGGAUCUAUUUUCAUUCUUAAUGCAAGUUCUGGCUUCUUUUGAUCA